CAGCAUCUUGCAGCCAACCCAAAGUCCCAAAAUGCCUUCGUAAUCCACAACCACCAAACGCCCGAAACCACCACCAUCUUUUGCGUCUCCUUCCAGUACCUACGAUAUCUCGAGUCGGGUUGCUUAUCAAUCUUCCGCUGAAGGCCUACCUCCUUUCUCAGCGUUGGCACCUUGAUUCUCUGUAACUCACCUUCGUUCACAGAUUCACUUCUUUCAUCAUGACGGUUGACCCUUCUCCCCCGGAGUUCUGGUUGUAUGGGUACGGAAGCCUGAUAUGGAAGCCCCCGCCACACUUUGACACGAGGAUCCCCGGAUACGUCACCGGUUAUGUUCGUCGCUUUUGGCAGGUCUGUCAGGACCACCGCGGCACUCCAGAGGCGCCUGGUCGCGUCGUGACCCUCAUCGAGAGGUCCUACUGGGAGGAGUUGACAGACCACCACGAUUCGCCGGAGCGGGUCUGGGGUGUGGCCUACCGCAUUAUCCCGGAUAAGGUGGCAGAAGUCAAGGAGUAUCUCGAUAUCCGCGAGAUCAACGGUUACUCCAUCCACUACGCGCCCUUCCAGCCCGCCGACGGCUCCAAACCCAUCCGCACCCUCGUCUACAUCGGUACUCCCGACAACGACCAGUUCGUGGGCCCUCAGGAUCCCCAAAAGCUCGCCGAGCACAUCUUCCACAGCCAGGGCCCCAGCGGCCUCAACAAGGACUAUCUCCUCAAUCUGGAUGUUGCCCUUCAGGGCCUGGCUUCCGGUAGCAGCGAUGUCCAUAUCAGCGAUCUCGCCCGCCGCGUUAGGCAACUCGAGAGCAUCUGCGAAGACUCAGCCAAGGUCUUGAAUCCAACUCCGUCCGAUCACGAAUUCAGGCAGGAGGCCAGUACCAAGGAGGCAGAAGAGAUCGAAAGGGCAACUUCGUGACAGAGAGCACACACACAGACACACACAGACACACACGCACAGAUACAUGAGCAUACACACGCACAUGAUUGAAUGAAACAGAUAAUGAGGAAGAUGAA